AUGACCGACGACAGAAUUCGGCAGCCGGCGCUGGCCGGUUGGUUUUUCAGACCUAAUCUUUCCGGCGGUCUGAAAAGGGCAGACUCCGGCGAAAAGUCAACGGGCGUUGACGAUUUGCCUCCCAUUGUGCUGGGCAUUAUCCCGAAUGGGACGAGGACCACCCGAUUCACUUUGUCGGUCAUUCGGCCGGUGCACAGGUGGUUCGGGUCUUGCAGCAAAUGCUUGCUGAUAAAGGCUUUCGAUGGAUACGAAAACACCUCGCGUAACUGGGUCUUGAGCAUAAUCUCAUUGUCCGGUGCAUUCAACGGCACCACAAGAACCUAUUUGGAUUUUGGAUGGCAUGCAUGGCAGAAAAAUUACUACAAUUUCGGAUUCGACCAUUUCAACCUGUCACGAAGCAAAACCGGCAUCUGGGGCCUCGUGAAUUGCCUCCUGGGCAAAACCUGCCCGUUUGCAUCUGACGAUUGGAUCCUUCCAGACCUUACAAUCCAAGGUUCCAUUCGGCUAAACGCGUACAUACAGACAUUUUCGGAUACUUACUAUUUUAGCUACGCCACUAAACGAACAAGGAAUGUUAUGGGUGCUACGAUUCCCUCAGGCCUGCUCAGCACACACUUUUUGUUGUUGGUUCGGGUUUUGCAGAUGAGCCAGUGGAGGUACCCUCCAGAUGUUGAGCCUCCAUAUAAAGUUUACCACCAGGCCCACAAUCUUUUCAAUUCAAAGACGUCUGCGGCAGGUCCCGGAAAAUAUGGUGAGACUGUAAUCGUACGGAGCGAUUGCGUGGAUUUUCUCGGUGCUGUUUGGAAGAUUUCGUGA